UAUCCAGUUAAUUUGCCUAUUGUUCCUGGACAUUGGAAAUCUAGGGAGAGAUGGCAUGAUGCAGCUUGGCCAAGAGCAGUAGUAAAAAUAGGGUUUUUAUCCAUCCCCGGGCGUAAUUUUACGAACUAAGACUGGGAUAUGUAGGUCCAUUCUUUGAUAGGAUAGGUCGUAUACUAUUUGUUUCAAAUGCAACCUAAUCUGCAAUGGUGAUUUGAUUUGAUUUGAAUGGUAACCAAUUGAAAAAAUGCAGCCUCCCCAGUCUGAAAUGUUUGAUUUUUGGCCCUUCCAGUUUCUUGUCAUCUGCAAACACUAUAAAAUAUUGGUAUAUAAGAUUUCAGAAUGCAGUUUUUGUGAAUGCAGAAUGCUUUGAGGAAUCACAGCUGAAUUGCUUGAUAGUUGGACUUCUAUUUGUGCUUCUAUUUUUUCUUCCUAGAUUUAGGGCAUCUACUUUUAUUGCACGAAACCUGUAGAUCCCCUGGCUAGUUUUCCUUCCUUUCUUAUUGUGAUUUUUAGGUUCUUUCCCAUCAAAAGCUCCUCGUAUUUGCAUAUGGGUUUUUAUUUUGGGCUCUUGGCUUCUGUAUCAGAAGUUUAUGAACAUCUGUGAAUGCAUACCACAUGUUGCAUUAUUGAGAAAGUACAGUUAUUUCUGCCUGGGAGACUAGGAGAUAAAACAACAUAGUCUCCUGGAUUAAAGUGGUUAGGUAAUUUAUGUUCAAGUAGUUAGAACCCGAUGAGAUUGACAUUUGAUCUCAGAUUUAAAUGAUGAUAUGUUGCGUACUUGCGUUUAGUCUUGCACAAUGCAUUUGAUAAAGCUAUGUGGUAUAUUAGAUUAUUUGUCUUUUUUUGUUAAUGAAGAGUGAGUAACGGAAUAUAGUAAUGAGGAGAAUAUAUAUUUCACUUUAUCAAAACUUCCUAUAUUGGGUUAUUUCUGGAUAUAGUUGGUCCUAUGUGUUGCAUCUAGUAUCCAUCACAAUCUCUCAACUUUCUCUGUGUUUUGCUCCUCUGAGCAUUUGUCCUCCCACUUUGUACUGAGAUCAACACUUGGAAAUGGAAGUCUUAUAAAGAUGACUUGUGCUCGAUUUCAUUGAUCCGGGAGCCGAUAUACCUGACGAGGAUGAUAGAAGAUUGCAUCGUCGUCCGCUGCUUCCACGUGAGGAUGAGCAAGAGGAUGUUGAGGAGAUUGAGAGAAGAAUUCAGGAAAGAUAUGCACGGAGCCUUAAUGUUGAAUAUGACGAGGAAGCAACGGAUGUAGAACAGCAAGCUCUACUGCCUUCUGUUAGGGAUCCCAAAUUAUGGAUGGUGAAAUGUGCGAUUGGCCGUGAAAGGGAGGUGGCUGUUUGCCUUAUGCAGAAGUGCAUUGAUAGAGGACCUGAAUUGCAAAUCAGAUCUGCCAUAGCACUUGAUCACCUAAAAAAUUUUAUAUACAUAGAGGCAGAUAAAGAGGCUCAUGUGAAGGAGGCUAUUAAGGGUAUGCGUAAUAUAUUUACGGGUAAAAUAAUGCUCGUUCCAAUCAAGGAGAUGACAGAUGUUCUGUCAGUUGAAAGCAAAGCAAUUGAUAUUUCUAGGGAUACCUGGGUCAGAUUGAAGAUUGGUACUUAUAAAGGGGAUCUUGCGAAGGUUGUUGAUGUGGACAAUGUGCGGCAGAGAGCCACUGUGAAAGUCAUUCCUAGGAUUGAUUUGCAGGCCCUGUCUAACAAAUUGGAAGGGAGGGAAGUCCCCAAGAAGAAGGCAUUUACUCCCCCUGCACGGUUUAUGAAUAUUGAUGAAGCUAGAGAGCUUCAUAUACGAGUUGAACGUAGAAGAGAUCCAGCUACUGGUGAUUAUUUUGAAAAAAUUGAAGGGAUGAUGUUCAAGGACGGUUUCUUGUAUAAAAAUGUCUCGUUAAAAUCACUCAGCACUCAGAAUGUUCAACCAACCUUUGAUGAACUCGAAAAAUUUAGGCAACCUGGUGAAACUGGGGAUGGGGACAUGUCAAGUUUGUCUACACUCUUUGCAAACAGAAAGAAAGGUCAUUUUAUGAAGGGUGAUAGGGUUAUAGUUGUCAAGGGAGAUCUUAGAAACUUGAAAGGAUGGGUGGAGAAGGUCGAGGAAGAUACUGUUCAUAUUAAACCAAAUGAAAAGGGCCUUCCGAAAACCCUUGCUAUUAGCGACAAAGACCUUUGCAAGUACUUUGAACCUGGAAAUCAUGUAAAGGUUGUGUCUGGUGCUACAGAGGGUGCAACUGGUAUGGUUGUCUCAGUUGAAGGUCAUGUGGUGAAUUUAGUCUCAGACACAACAAAGGAACUUAUACGUGUCUUUGCGGACAAUGUUGUGGAGAGCUCUGAAGUAACGUCUGGUGUAACUAAGAUUGGUGAUUAUGAGCUUCAUGAUCUUGUGGUGCUAGAUGACAAUAGUUUUGGUGUAAUUAUACGAGUCGAGAGUGAAGCCUUUCAGGUUCUUAAGGGUGUUCCAGAGAGACCUGAUGUUGCUCUCGCGAGGUUAAGAGAGAUUAAAUACAAGGUUGACAAGAAGAUUUUUGCUAAAGAUCGGUACAAGAAUACACUGUCUGUGAAAGAUGUUGUUAAAAUUCUUGAUGGUCCGUGUAGGGGAAAGCAGGGUCCAGUUGAACAUAUCUACAAAGGAGUUUUGUUUAUUUAUGAUCGGCAUCACCUUGAGCAUGCUGGUUUUAUUUGCGUAAAAUCGGAGUCUUGUAUGAUGGUUGGUGGAUCACGGGCGAAUGGUGAAAGGAAUGGCAAUUCCUUUACAUCAAAAUUUUCACAUCUGAGAACUCCACCACGUGUUCCUACCUCUUCCAUGAGACCACCUAGAGGUGGUUAUGGUGGUCAUAACAAUUUUGGUGGAAGAGGAGGUGGAAGAGGCCAUGAUGCUUUAAUUGGAGCCACUGUGAAAAUUCGUCUUGGCCAUUAUAAAGGUUGCAAGGGACGUGUUAAAGAUGUCAAAGGUUCCACUGUUCGGAUUGAAUUAGAAUCUCAGAUGAAGGUCGUUGCAGUUGAUCGUAGUCAUAUUUCGGAUAAUGUCAAUGUUACACCAUCCAGGGAAACUUCCAGAUAUGGUAUGGGAAGUGAGACCCCGAUGCAUCCUUCUCGCACUCCUCUGCAUCCAUAUAUGACUCCUAUGAGGGACUCUGGAGUAACUCCUUACCAUGAUGGUAUGAGGACACCUAUGCGUGACCGAGCAUGGAAUCCGUAUACACCAAUGAGUCCACCAAGGGACAAUUGGGAAGAUGGAAAUCCUGGUUCUUGGGGCACAAGUCCACAAUAUCAGCCAGGAAGUCCUCCUUCACGAGCAUAUGAAGCACCUACACCUGGUUCUGGUUGGACAAAUACCCCAAGUAACAAUUACAAUGAGGCAGGCACACCGAGAGAUAGCGGAUCUGCUUAUGCAAAUGCUCCAAGUCCAUACUUGCCCUCCACUCCUGGUGGGCAACCUCCAAUGACUCCAAGUUCUGCAUAUUUACCUGGGACACCUGGUGGGCAGCCGAUGACACCUGGAAGUGGUGGCUUGGAUAUGAUGUCGCCUGUCGUAGGUGCAGAUAGUGAAGGGCCUUGGUUCCUGCCCGAUAUUUUGGUCAAUGUUCGGAGGCCUGGUGAUGACACUACUCCAGGAGUUAUAAGAGAAGUGCUUCCGGAUGGCUCGUCUAAGAUAGCUCUUGGAUCAAGUGGUAAUGGUGAUGUGGUGACUGCCCUUCCCAACGAAAUUGAGGUAGUGCCACCAAGGAAGUUAGACAAGAUUAAGAUCAUGGGGGGUGCGCACCGUGGGGCAACUGGGAAGCUAAUUGGUAUUGACGGCACUGAUGGAAUCGUGAAAGUUGACGACACACUGGACGUCAAGAUCUUAGACAUGGUAUCAUUGGCGAAACUAGUUCAAGCGUGAAAGACGAAGCUGAAGCCGGUGAUCACCCGAGGUCAAUGUUUUGGCAGCUGGCAACAAGGUGUUGGAUUGAAACCGAAGCCUUCUAAGUUGGGCAAGAAAUGCAGAAAUUGCUACCACACACAGGGAAGAAUAGAGAAUCUGACAAGUUCAAUAUGUUGUAGCCAUUUGCCUUGUAAAAGCAUUUACCUAAUUGGAGCUGCUGUAUAUUUAUGAUUUACUAUUUGCCUAUUAGUCUAGUGGAGUACUCCUACUAUAUCUCUCUUAGUUGAAUGCUCAAUUGUAUAAAUAGUUUUAUGUACAAUUAUUCUCACAUUUCAUUUUGUCAACAUUGCCAUAUGCUACCACUUAAAACAUCUGCUUCCAGUAAUAAAAGACAAAAUUGUGUACAUCUAUCUGGAUGUACCGUUCCAAUUCAA